CCCCCCAUUUCUUUUCGGAUUUUAAAUUAUUUCGGAGCUGUUGAGUCUGAUGAAUUCACCGAAAAACGACGGAGACGACGACGUGCCCGUUAAAGAGCCGGUGAAAUACGGAGAAUUGAUCAUUUUAGGGUACAAUGGUUCUCUGCCAUGUGGAGAUCGUGGACGCAGAAAGAGCCGCUUUGCUCUUUACCGAAUGGCCAAGGCCAACGGGGUCAAACCCAGUGCUGUGCACAUCCUCAACACACCACAGGACAGCAAGGCUGUCCACAGCAGAGGGCAGCACAGCAUUUCUUUCACUCUGUCCCGUAACCAAACGGUGGUGGUGGAGUACUGCCAUGACAACAACACUGACAUGUUUCAGAUCGGACGCUCCACAGAAGGUCCCAUUGACUUUGUGGUGACAGACACCUCUGGAGGGGGAAAGGAAUGCGAGGACCCUUCCAUCGCUCCCAGCACGAUUUCACGUUUUGCCUGCAGAGUGGUGUGCGAGCGCAACCCACCAUACACUGCACGCAUUUACGCCGCAGGCUUUGACUCAUCCAAAAAUAUCUUUCUAGGGGAAAAAGCAACCACAUGGAAAAAUCCCGAUGGUCAUAUGGAUGGUCUCACUACCAAUGGGGUGUUGGUGAUGCACCCUGAAGGUUUCCCAGAGGACCCAAAGCAGGGUCUGUGGAGGGAGAUCUCUGUGUGUGGAGAUGUUUAUGCCCUGCGAGAAACGCGCUCCGGUCCCAGCCGAGGUCAACUGGCAGAAGGUGAGAGCAGCGCACUGCGUGAUGGGUCCCUGGUGGAUCUUUGCGGUGCCACCCUUUUGUGGCGGACAGGAGAAGGACUCGUGCAUGCUCCCACUCUACGCCACCUGGAGGCUCUUCGUCAGGAACUGAAUGCGUCCCGGCCUCAGUGUCCUGUAGGCCUCAGUACGCUGGCCUUCCCCAGUUUGCCCCGUAGCCACAGCCUUGAAGAGCGUCAGCCUUGGGUUUACCUCGCCUGCGGCCACGUCUACGGACGCCAUGACUGGGGCCUGAGAUCCGAAGGAGUGGUAGAGUCACGAGAGGGCGAGGUCUCCACAGCCCUUCGAGAAUGCCCGUUGUGCAGACGCGUGGGGAUCUACGUGCCCCUGUGGCUGGGCUCUGAGCCUGCUGUGUAUGUGGACGCAGGAGCUCCCACUCACGCCUUUGUUCCCUGUGGUCACGUCUGCUCAGAGAGGACAGUCAGGUACUGGGCAGAGACUCCUCUGCCCCACGGGACUCACGCAUUCAGACCAGUCUGCCCCUUCUGCUCUGCUGCCCUCAGCAACCCCGGCUGGAUACGGCUCAUCUUCCAGAGCCCCAUAGACUAACCGCUACUCCUCAGCA